AUGCCCUUCCGUGGUGGCCGGGGAGACGGCAAUCGUGGGGCUUUCCGGGGUGACAGAGGUCGGGGUGACAGAGGUCGGGGCGACUCACGCGGUGGUGGUGACUUCCGCGGUCGGGGCCGUGGAGAUUUCCGUGGCGGUCGUGGUGGUGGUGGCCGGGGAGGAGGACGUGGUGGUCCUCAGAACUUAGGCCCGCCAAUCUUCAGACAAGGCCAAGCCAUCCCUCCACCCAGCGCCAUUGUCAGCAAAACCGAGGACGAUCUCGCCAAAGCCCUUCAGGUGAGCGGAUCAAAGGCCCCGAGACAGGCAAAAUACCCUGAACGCCCUGGAUAUGGUACCCUCGGCAGACCGGUCACUUUGUAUGCGAACUACCUGCCGCUAUCCCUGCCGGAUGUGCAAUUGCACCGCUACCAUAUCAAUAUUGCGGCCGACUCUGCAGGCCGAUCUGCCCCUGUGGGCAAGAAGGCUCGGCACAUUGUGCGUCUGUUGCUGGAGGAACAUUUCCCCCAGCAAAAGAAUAGCAUUGCCUCGGACUUCCGGUCGACCUUGGUGUCGUGUGUCAAGUUGACCGAGGGAAAACUGAGCGUGCGUUACAAGGAGAACUUGGACGAUGACUACCCUGAGACACCCCGGGUGCACGAGGUCACUGUCCAGUACACUGGGCAGGUCAACCCUGCUGAUCUCUUGAACUAUCUCACCUCCACCAGCGCUGGUUCUAUGCUUGAAUCCAAGUCUGAAAUCGUCGCGGCUCUCAACAUGGUCAUGGGCCACCACCCCAAGACGGACGACCAGGUCGUCUCAGUCGGGGCCAACAGGCACUACAGUCUGCGUCAGGAUACUAUGGAAUCCUUCAACCUCGGCGGAGGUCUCUCUGUCCUGCGUGGAUUCUUCGUCAGUGUGCGUGCCGCGACUGCUCGCGUGCUGUUGAAUGUCCAGGUGAAAUAUCUCGCCUGUUACGACCACGGCCCUCUGGUCAACUUGAUUCAAAGCUACGGCGGCAGGAACAUUUACCGUUUGGAGAAGUUCCUCAAGACCGUGCGUGUCCGUGUCACGCACAUCUCACGCAAGAACAGCCGCGGUCAGUCCGUGCCGCGUAUCAAGCCUAUCUACGGCUUUGCCAACCGUGGUGACGGUAACUCGUCCCCCAACCCCCCCAAGGUCCCUCGCCACGGUGCUGGUCCCAACGACGUGCAGUUCUUCCUUACUGAGGCUAGCCCUAAGCCCGUCGCCGCGCCCAGUGUGCCUGGUGCCCCUGAGGCUAAGCCUAAGAAGGGAAAGAAGGCGCCCAGGGAGGGUCCUGCGGAAGCUGGCCGAUACAUUACUGUUGCGGAAUUCUUUAAGAAGGAAUACAACAUGACGUUGGACCCCAAUUUCCCCGUCGUCAACGUCGGUUCUCGUGACAGACCUGUUUAUCUUCCAGUUGAGGUCUGCGAAGUCCAGCCUGGUCAGCCCGCCAAGUCGAAGCUUACUGGCGACCAAACAGCGAGCAUGCUGCGCUUCGCCGUGAUGGGCCGGAAGCCGGGUCAGAAUGCCCAAUCAAUUAUCACCAAUGGUGUCGGCGUAUUGGGUCUCGGCCAGCCAUUAAAUCCCACUCUAUCUGCCUUCGGUGUUAAUGCUUCUACGGAGCUGAUCACGGUCCACGGACGCGUUCUCCCCGCCCCUAGUGUUUACUACAAGGACGGGAACCGGGUCAAGGAGAUCCGGUCUCAAUUUGGCAGCUGGAACAUGCGCCAAAUCCAGUUCUCCAAGGCCGCACCCAUGAAGUGCUGGACCUACCUCUACGUCGAUCAAGAGGGCGCCCGCCCUGUCUUCCAAAACCCGGACCAGCUCAACGCCAGCCUGGCCGGCUUCAGAAAGACCCUCCGCGAGAUGGGUAUGGCCGUCGAGGCACACAGGCCCGGCAAACGCGUCGUGCUCAACGGCCAAAAUGACGCCCAAGUGCUCGAGAAUGCCGUUCUCGACCUGCAAAGGCAACAUAACCCGGUCUUCAUUCUGGGUAUUUUCUACACUAAGGACACCGACAUUUACAACUCCGUCAAGCAAGUCUGUGACGUGCGCUGCGGUAUCCGCAACGUGAACGUCCUUGCAGAAAAGAUCAUGAACUCUAACCCUCAAUACAACGCCAACGUGGGCCUGAAAAUCAACCUCAAACUCGGCGGCGCCAACCAAGCUCUCCGGACAGCCGAUCUCGGCCUCAUCUCCGAAGGCAAAACAAUGCUGGUGGGCAUUGACGUAACCCACCCCUCCCCGGGUUCCGCAUCCACAGCCCCCAGUGUGGCCGGUAUCGUCGCUUCAGUCGACGCAACGCUCGCCCAAUGGCCCGCGGAGAUCCGCGUCCAAGGUGCCCGGCAAGAGAUGGUCGCCGAUCUCCAGGCCCUCCUCGCGUCUCGUCUCCGACACUGGCGAAAGCUCAACCGGAACCUUCCCGAGAACAUCAUCGUCUACCGCGACGGUGUCUCAGAGGGUCAAUACAACAAGGUGAUCGAUGAGGAACUCCCCCUCUUGCAAGCAGCAUGCAAGGAUACCUACCCAGCCGACCUGACCGCAAAGGGUCUCCCGCGACUGGCCAUCAUCAUUGUCGGCAAGCGCCACAACACCCGCUUCUACCCGACAACCGAGCAAGACUCGAACCGCGAGAACCCCAUCCCGGGUACAGUUGUCGACCGCGGCGUCUCCGAGGCCCGCGACUGGGACUUCUUCCUGCAAGCUCAUUCCGCUUUGCAGGGUACCGCUCGCCCGGCUCACUACUUCACUGUCUGGGAUGAGAUCUUCUACCCGCGCCACCCGGCCAAUGCGGGAGGUCCAGGAGCUGCGGAUGUCCUGCAGGACUUGACUCACAAGAUGUGCUACCUGUUCGGAAGAGCUACAAAGGCGGUCAGCGUUUGCCCCCCUGCGUACUAUGCCGAUCUUGUCUGCACGCGUGCUCGAUGCUUCCUUAGCGAUCUGUUUGAUCCUUUGCCUGUUGACGCUAGUGGAGGCAGCACCAGUGGCACCGAGGGUACUGCCGAUAUGUCGCGCACCGCGGACGUUGUUAUUCAUCCCAACGUUGCUGACUCUAUGUUCUACAUUUAA